CCCCCCCCUCCUCCCCAUCCCCCAUCAUGUCUUUCCGCCCAAUGUUCCACUCGCGGGCUGUCCCCCUCGCCGCCUCGGUGCUGGCCGGUGGUGUCGCUCUCUACCCCCGGAACGCCUUUGCAGAGGCACCGCCGCGCAAGUCCAUCUACGAAGACUUCCCCGAGGAGCCUGUCGCCCCUGCCACUCCCAUCUCCAAGCCCGUCCGCCUGGCCCGCCUGUUCCUGUACGAGAACUCGCUGGCCGUCGAGACCUGCUUCAACAACUUCCUCUCCCGCGCCCUGCACGUCGAGAACGCCUUCACCAACACCGUCGCCUCGCUGGCCCCCUCCCCGGAGUCCGGCGAGCGCCUGCUCCCCGGUGGUGUGUACGCCGUCGUGGCCGCCAUGGCGGGUUCCAUUGUGUCCCGCAACCGGGGCAUUUUCCUGCGCACCGCCUCGCCGCUGGCGUUCGGCACUAUCGCCGCCUGGACCCUGCUGCCCGUGACCAUGCGCAACGUGUCCGACCUGGUCUGGGAGUACGAGAAGAAGGUGCCCGCCGUGGCGGACUCGCAUCUGGCCGUGCGCGAGCGCGCCGAGCACAUCUGGUACACGGGUCUGGCGCACAGCGGCAUGGCCCGGAGUCGGAUGGAGGAAAAGAUCGGGGAUGUGCGGAAGAAGCUGGAGGAGGUGGUCAGCAAGGGCCAUUAGCCGUGGCGGCUGCUGCUGCGUGCGUUCCUAGCGGUAAGAUUUCUGUUUGGAUGGGCCGCGCUUGCAUCUGUGUACUUUAAGAGGAUUAGAGUGAUUUAGCAUGCUCCGAGUUGUGUUGUGAGUUUGAGUGUGCAGUGUCUGGUAAAGGUGUGUUUUUGAUUUAUGGUAACCGGCAGAUAUGCCUUCUACAUGGGCUUCGGUGGUAUGGUCUAUGUGUCUCGUCAAGUUGAUAUUAUUAGCGUCGGUGCGUCUGAUGUCUCCUUCGACCGUUCUUAUUGUCAUAUUCGAACCCAGAAGCUAGUCGUCAGUAUCAUAGCGAACCACCUCCCAUCAAGAUCCUUACUCCCUGCAUAGUCCCAACUCAGAUACACCACCACACCUCUCUAG